UUGCGUGUGCCCACGGGGGCUCAAAAGUGGCUCCCCUACCCGGCGGGCGCUCAGUUAUCCCCGUCCAUCUCCGGAGAGAUGACGGGGUCCGCGGUGCGGGGCACGGGGCCUGCCAGCUGCGGCGCCACCCCGGGGGCUCUCCGGCGGCGCGUCCUCGGAAGGGUCUGGGUGGCGGUGGCCCUCCUGCUGUCCCUGCUCUCGGGUGGAGGCCUCUGCGAGCAGCCAGAUACCUGUGAACCACCACCACCUUUUGAAGCGAUGGAGCCUGUUCAUAAACUUAAACCUUUUUACAGCGUUGGGGAACAAGUGCUAUACAAGUGUAAAAGAGGGUACUCGAUUGUGCUUCUGUUAUCCAUGACUACCACCUGUGACAAGAAUCUGACAUGGACACCGGUUAGAGAUAUUGUUUGUGGUAGAGAUCUUUGUAACACUCUCCAAAAUCCUGCAUUUGGCUGGGUAUACUAUCCCACUGGGUCUUGGGCAUGGGGUAAUAAGGCGCACUUUGCUUGCCAGGAGGGAUAUUACUUAAUUGGUCAAGAAAUUCUACACUGUGUGCUUAAUAAAGAUGCUGAGGCCGUUUGGACCGGAACUCCCCCACAAUGUGAAAAGAUCCUUUGUACACCACCUCCAAAAAUUAAAAAUGGAACACACACUUUUACUGAUAUAGAGGUAUUUAACUUCCGCGAAGCUGUCACUUACAGCUGCGAUCAGAUCCCCGGACCAGAUCAGCUUUCACUUGUUGGCCAGAAAAUUCUGUAUUGUGCAGGCAAUGGAGUUUGGAGCAGUGAUCCUCCUGAGUGCAAAGUGGUCAAAUGUCCAUUUCCGGUACUUGUAAAUGGAGAAAUUACCUCAGGAUUGGCAAAAAAUUUUUCCUACCAGGCAGCCAUUACAAUUGAGUGCAAAGAAGGUUUUUACCGAAAUGGCACUGACAAAUUUGUCUGUAACGGAAACAGUGCUUGGGAUCCCCCGAUAUCACCCUGCCUUAAAGGUCCUAGACCUACUCAUCCCAGGAAGCCUGCAGUGUAUGAAUAUCCAGGAUAUCCUGAGCCGAAACAAGGACUCUUUGACCAAGAACUAGAUGCAUGGAUCAUUGCUCUGAUUAUUCUUAUUUUCAGAUUCUUGGCCCCAGAAAGAAAGGAUCGAAGCAAAGUAAAAGCGGUACUAUUGCCCAGGAAGCUAAAAGUUCCAGGAUUCUCAAUAAACAGUCAAGUCAAAAACUCGCCACUCUCAAGUGAUAUAUAUAGAAACAUCACUUUGAAGAGUUCAAAGAUUUUAAGAGCUAAUGCGCAGGGUGCGGUGAUGAAGACAAAAUGUAUUUUCCAUCAAAUCAGAUUGUCUUUGGAAACUCAUUUAUACAAGAUUAUAAAAUGUACGGAGCUACUUCUGUCUUUCUUAUGGGCAGCUGAAAUAGGGUAGCAGCCAUGAACAUUCUUGAGGUGCUGUUAAAACUUAGUACACACAUGGGUUUUUUUUUUUUUUUUA